AUGACUCAUAAAAAAGAGAGUCAUAUUAAAAAGUCUACAGAGGUCAUUAAAAAUAAAGGUGUUUAUUCGAAAAGAAAAUGCCAUGACUGUCUAUUUUUAAUAUUAUUUUUAGCAUUCUGGGCUGGUAUGGCUGUUGUAGCUCACUAUGGAAUUAAAGAGGGUGAUCCAAAAAGAUUGUUAUAUGGAACAGAUUAUGAAGGUAAUACAUGUGGUGUCGAUAAUAUCGCUGCUGGAAAACUGCCAGCGAAUCACUCACGAGAUUUCACCCAUGAGAAAUAUGUAUACUUUAUCUACUAUCCGAGUUUGGCAUCGUAUAGAACGAUCUGUGUAAGUUCCUGCCCGAAUGAAACCUACUUGACACCGGACGAUCCCUCACAGUUGAUCUGUGCUUACAACACGACGCCGGCGUUGAACGAGACAUUCCCACAGGGUACAUGUAUGGGUAGUAUCGCCAGUACACCGGUUCUCAAUCGUUGUGUACCCUCGAAGAUCACUGAUGCCACUGAGAGCAUCAUCGACAAGCUCUUCCAGGUGAUCAGCGAGAACUUUGGCGAUACAUCGACCAAGGUGUUUUCAGACACCGUCGAGAACUGGAAGUAUCUUAUCUAUGGUGCGUUGAUUGCAAUGGGUUUGGGACUUGUCUAUAUCUUCCUCCUUCGAUUCUUUGCCGGUCUAAUUACGUGGGCAACCGUAAUGGGUGUUAUAGGUUGUUUAGCAUUACUUUGUGUACAAGUUUAUUAUCAAUGGCAAAAAGCAAUUGAUGUAUAUGAUAGUAUUCCACCAAAUCAAAGAUUACCAACUCAAAAAGAUAAUGUUUUAGCAUUGAAAGUUAUAUUCAUUAUAUUGUGUGUGAUAACAGGUAUAUUGGCAUUGAUUAUCUUGGCAAUGUUCUCGAGAAUUAGAUUGGCCAUUGGUAUUAUCAAGGAGUCAAGUAAAGCAAUUGGAACAAUGCCAUCUAUCUUUUUCUUCCCUGUUUUUAUUUUCGUUGCUCUUUGUGCAUUCUUGGCUUAUUGGGCUGUUUAUUGCUGCGUAUGUUAUCUUGGUACAGCAGGUACACCAACAUACGAUGAAAACGAUGUAUUUAUUGGAUAUGAAGCAUCAAAAGUACUGAGAUAUAUGCAAAUCUAUCACUUUUUCGGUUUACUCUGGACGUAUGCAUUCAUUCUGGCGAUAAAUCAAUGUACUUUAGCAGGUGCCAUUGCAUUGUGGUAUUGGGUAAUGGAUAAGAAAGACACACCUUACUUCCCGGUUUGGAAAUCAUUCUUUAGAGUCAUUAGAUACCAUCUUGGUUCAUUGGCAUUCGGUUCACUCAUUCUGGCGGUCGUCCAAUUCAUUCGAUGGAUACUCAGAUUCUUGGAGAAGAAAUUCAAAGGAAAAGAAGCAUUCCUCGCAAGAUUUGUAAUUCGUUGUUUGAAUUGUCUAUUCGGUUGUUUCGAAAGAUUCAUCAAGUUUAUUGAUAAGAAUGCUUAUAUCAUGGUUGCAAUCUAUGGAUAUUCAUUCUGUAAAGGUGCAAGAAGAGGAUUCUCGCUGAUUGUAAGCAAUGUUCUAAGAGUGGCAGCAGUCAGUGUUAUCAGUGCAUUCCUCAUAUUUUUGGGACGUCUUUUGAUUACCGUUAUUACCAUCGGUAUUUCCUUCAUUCUUCUACAGAGAAUUGCAGAGGAUGGUUUCUAUGUUGUACCAGUAAUUAUUAUCGGUUUCAUUGCAUUCUUUAUUUCAGGUGGAUUUAUGUCUGUCUAUGACAUGGCUAUCGAUACCAUGUUGCUAUGUUUCUGUGAGGAUAGUGAGCGUAACGAUGGAUCUCCAGAGCGUCCAUACUUUAUGAGCAAAUCACUAAAGAAGUUUGUCGAUGGUGGUCACACCAAAUGUUGUUAG